AUCAGGGAGAAACUUCCUGGGGACGCAGACGGUGCCGGGCUGCAGAGCGAGCGGAGUGGAGGAUACCUGAGACCCGGAGAGGCGCAUCACACACACAAACACACGCACACGUGCGCGCAAACACACACACGCACACUCACGCGCACAAGAGCUGAAACUUUUUCGUUUCCCGUCUCGCGCGGAUCUAACCUUCCAGCCACGGAUCCGAAGGUGGAGAGCGUGUUUUCCCUUCCGCCCCUGCACUUCCUCAAGAGAGAGAUGGAGGAGAGCUCGAGCUCGCCCGUGUCUCCGGUGGACAGCGUGGUGACCAGCGAGGAGGAGCUGGACAGGCAGCACAAGCGCGUGGGCAGGAAGAGGAGACCCAGCAAGAAGUCGAGCGACGAGGGCAGCCCGGGCUCCGCCAAGCGGGGCAAGAAGGCCAGCCCGAGCCGCGCGCACUCCUACGAGGAGCUGCAGAACCAGCGCGUGCUGGCCAACGUGCGCGAGCGCCAGCGGACUCAGUCUCUGAACGAGGCGUUCGCGUCGCUGCGCAAGAUCAUCCCCACGCUGCCCUCGGACAAGCUCAGCAAGAUCCAGACGCUCAAGCUCGCCUCGCGCUACAUCGACUUCCUCUACCAGGUGCUGCAGAGCGACGAGAUGGACAGCAAGAUGUCCAGCUGCAGCUACGUGGCGCACGAGAGACUCAGCUACGCCUUCUCCGUGUGGAGGAUGGAGGGCGCGUGGUCCAUGUCCGCCUCGCACUAGCGGAGAGCUGCUGCUGCUGCUGCUGCAGGGACUGUUUACUUCCACUAAUUCUGAAGACACCAAAGGAUUUCUUGAAGAACCUGUGAACCUCAGUGACACGGCCAAGACACGUUCUGUGAUUCCCAACAGAGGGCUGGAGCUCUUGAAGUGCCUUCAUGCAUCAUCGGAGAACGACAUGAGCUAGACAAGGGGAACUCAUUUCACACCCAUUGCUAGACAAGAGGAACAUUUCAACCCCUUUACCUAAACAAGAGGAACUUCUAACGCCCCCCGCCUCCUCCAGAGGAUUUUAUUUUCACACCUAGACAAAGUAAAGAUCAGUGCUGGGCUCCUCAGCGGGGCCAAUAACACAUUUACUUCUCCCACAAGUUAUUCUUCACUGCGGUACAGGACAGCCGUCUGUUAUCUGUAAUGAACCUAUAUUUCCUUUUUGUCUUUAAAUAGAAGAGUUUAUAUAUAUAUAUAUAAAUAUAUAUAAAUAUAUGAAAACGAACAUUUCGAUAAAGUAAUGUACAUAAUGCUACCUGUGAGUAUCGUCAGCUUUUUUUAAAGGCGACCAAUGCAAAUUAGAGCAAUAGCUACUUUCUUAAAGUACGCUGCAUGGAUUACUGCCUUCGUGAUUGUUUUGGUUUGUUUGUUUGUUUUUUUCAGAUUCCGUCCAUUACAUUGUGCUUAUUUAUUAAAACCUAUUUUUUGAACAA